ACUUUCCGUAGGUAGCUCCAACAUGAAAGUUCUGAUUGUCUUCGCUUUGGCUUUGGCCUACGCCUCCGGAUCGGCCCUCCGUUCCCUGGACGGACCCGGUGGUCGCAUCACCCACGGCGAGGAUGCCCGCACCGACCAGUUCCCCUACCAGGUGGGACUCUCCCUGAAGAUCGGCUCCUCCUCGGCCUGGUGCGGUGGCUCCCUCAUCGGACACGAGUGGGUUCUGACCGCCGCCCACUGCACUGACGGCAUUGACUCCGUCGAGGUUUACCUGGGCAGCACCGUUCGCUCCAGCCCCAAGGUUAAGCACCUCGUGACCAAGGACAAGAUCAUCAUCCACGCCGACUGGAACAGCCGCACCCUGAGGAACGACAUCUCCCUGAUCCGCAUCCCGCACGUGGACUACAGCAGCGCCAUCCACAACGUGGAGCUGCCCAAGGAGGAGUCCCGCUACGCCACCUACGACAACGAUGAGGUCAUCGCCUCCGGCUGGGGCCGCACCUCCGACUCCGCCAGCGCCGUGGCCUCCCAUCUGCAGUACGCCCACAUGAAGGUCAUCUCGAACAGCGAGUGCAAGCGCACCUACUACUCCACCAUCCGCGACUCGAACAUCUGCGUGUCCACUCCCGCCGGCGUGUCCACCUGCAACGGCGACUCCGGUGGCCCUCUGGUUCUGGCCUCCGACAAGGUCCAGGUCGGUCUCACAUCCUUCGGAUCCUCUGCUGGCUGCGAGAAGGAGUACCCUGCCGUCUUCACCCGCGUCACCAGCUACCUGGGCUGGAUCAAGGAGCACACCGGCAUCUCUCGUUAAGUUGCUGAUGUUUUGAUUAAAACUAUCUGAUUUUUUCGAGCAUACAAA